AUGAUCACCGGGGAAGUGGAACUACUGCAUUCUAUACUUGUGGAUGCUAUAAUACUUGACAAGUCAUCAUUUUGGGCAGGGUGGGAGAACGAGAAGAAGAAAGGAAGGGAAGAAGAAAGGAAGGGAAGAAAGAAGAGGAAGAGGAAGAGGAGAGGAAGAGGAAGAGGAAGAGGAAGAGGAAGAGGAAGAGGAAGAGGAAGAGGAAGAGAAGAGGAAGAGGAAGAGGAAGAGGAAGAGGAAGAGGAAGAGGAAGAGGAAGAGGAAGAGGAAGAGGAAGAGGAAGAGGAAGAGGAAGGAAGAGGAAGAGGAAGAGGAAGAGGAAGAGGAAGAGAAGAGGAAAAAGAGAAGAAGAAAAAGAAGGAAAGAGAGAGACAAUCAGCAUAA